AUGUGCAUAUGUGGCCUUGCUUUCCAUCCCUUCUCUGUGCCGCCAUCACUGCUGCUUCAGUGUGAGUAUGUGUCAAUUGGCAUUCGUUUUCCCCAUAGUCUACUGGUGGAGAUAUACCACAAGGACUGGAACUUCCUAUCAGCCGUGCAGCACUUCCCCCCCACACCUCUUCCCCAUACCCUUGUCCUCUACCUAUGCCCCCCCCCCCCCCGCCCCCUUUCGUCUCUCCAGUUUGCUGGUGGAGAUAGUCUGCAAGGACUGGAACUUCCUAUCAGAGGCCGUGCAGCACUUCCCUUCCCCCCACACCUCUUCCCCAUAGCUGUGUUCCCUGCCUUUGCCCCUCCCCCACCCCCCCUCAUUUUUCCUCCUCCCAGUCUGCUAGUGGAGAUAUUCUGCAAGGACUGGAACUUCCUAUCAGAGGCCGUGCGCCACUUCCGAGCCCUGCAGCGCCUGCCAGGCCAGAUGACCUGCCUCGACGUGCAGAGGGGGGAGCGCUACCACGCCACCGCUCUCUUCCUCAGAGCGCUCUGCCGAGCAGGUCUGGUGCAGGAGAUGCAGGAAGUGUUGCAGGCGAUGGUGCGCGACAGAGUGAGGCUGCCGGCGUCGGCACUGCUGGUGGACAAGCGCACCCGCCGCACACUGGUGUCCGCAUGGAUGCAGCCGUGCGACAUGGAACCCGAUUAUGGGCAGCCCACUGACUUCAUUCAAAGAGCUGCAGAGGAGUCAGAGGAGUGGAGCAGGGAGAGGAGGGAGAAGAGGGACAUGGAGCGCCAUGGGGGGUGGUGGCGGGUGAAGAUGGACACGGACGAGCUGCCUGGCUUCUGGCUGCCCCCCCCCAUCGUGUCGUUUGAAGAGAGCCUUGUGCGCCGCUUCCGGGGCUACCGCAAGCAGCUCUACUACACACUUAUGUGGCGGGGAGUGGCGGCAUGGCCAGUGGAUCUAGGGGUGAGCAAGGAGGAGGCGGUGGGUGACAGUGGCGGAGUGGCUGGAGGUCUGACCCUGCCCCAUCUCUUCCCUUUCCCCCACAUCACCCCGCUCCUCCCUCCGCCCCCCCACCUUUCUCUCGUCUACCGUUUCUCCUUUCUUCCAGGGAGUGGCGGCGUGGCCGGCGGAUCUAGGGGGGGGGGGGCGAGGGCGCCGAAGGCGGCGAGCAAGAUGGUGGUGGGGGAGCUGAGGCAGGAGCUGGCGGGGCAGGGGCUGCCCACCGAUGGCAACCGCGCCGUGCUGUGGGUGGGGGAGCUGAGGCAGGAGCUGGCGGGGCAGGGGCUGCCCACCGAUGGGAACCGCGCCGUGCUGUAUGCGCGGGUGCAGCGUGCUAGGCGGCUGAAUAAGGCUCUUGGGAAGCCCCUGUGGACGCCGCAAACCAGAGAACCCGUCAUGCAGGCGAGUGCGAGAGUGGAGUAUCUGUUGGAACAUCUCACACUGGACGGCACAGCAGCGUCGUAUUGUGGCUGCAGCCUGCAGGCGAGUGCGAGAGUGGAGUAUCUGUUGGAGCACCUGACACUGGACGGCACAGAAGCGUCCUGGCCGCAGGUGAUCGAGAUGAUCGACUCAAUUCCGCCCCAUAUCGCGAGUGCGAGAGUGGAGUAUCUCCUGGAACACCUCACACUGGACGGCAGCGUCGUAUUGUGGCUGCAGCCUGCAGGUGAUAAAGAUGAUCGGCUCAAGUCCUUCCCAUUCCUUCCCCACACCCCCCUGCUCUUACAGGCGAGUGCGAGAGUGGAGUAUCUGUUGGAGCACCUGACACUGGACGGCACAGCAGCGUCGUGGCCGCAGGCGAGCGCAAGAGUGGAGUAUCUGUUGGAGCACCUGACCCUGGACGGCACGGCAGCAUCGUGGCCGCAGGUGAUAGAGAUGAUGAGGGAGAGCGAGCGGCGGGCGAAUGAGGCGCAGCAGCAGCGCGAGCAGGACGAGCGGCAGCGGGAAGCAGACGAGAAGCAGCGGGCGGCCGACGAGCGGCAGCGCGUGGAAGACAAGCGGAUCCGGGCGGCACUGUCCGGCGGGGAGGAAGAGGACGAGGAGGAGGAUGAAGAAUUGGACGAAGAAGAGGAGGAGGAGGAAGAAGACGAGGAUGAUGAAGAUGAGGAGGAAGAGGAGGAGGAGGAGGAGGAGGAGGAGGAGGAGUUAGAAGUUGACGAUGUGAUAGAUGAUGAGGAGGAUGAGGACGAGGAGGAGGAGGAGGGGGCGGUGGGGGAAGAGGACGAGGCGGUGGACGAGGAGGAGGUGGCGCCAGGGCAGGCGGGCGGCAUGCUGGGCGGCGGAGCAGAGAGGGAGGUGUCGGUGCUGGCCAUGGAGGAGGAGGGCAUGCGGGGCGGCGGCGGGCUGCUCACAUCGCAGCUUGUGGGCAGCGGUGGUGGGAGCGCUGCAGGCAGAGCCAAGGCUAAAUCGUCGGACCUGUAUGACGAUGAGGACGAGGGGGAGGUGCAUGCAGCAGCACCAGCCAUCCUAGCCGGAUCGGCCGCGCAGGCAGCAGAGGAGGACGAGGAGAUGCAGGCGUUCCGAGCGGAGGAGGACCUCAUUCCGCUCUCCACCACUCUGGACGGCAUAUUCACCUUGGAGGAGCGGUGGGGGCACUGGUGGGAGCGGGCUGACAAGGAGCGGGUCGUGCAGCCGUGGAGCGAGAGGGUGGAGCUUGAUAUUGCUUGGAGCAUCUUUCAACUGGUGAUUGAGCUGGGCGGCGUGCUGACCCUGGCAGACUGCUGCAUGGUGCUGUGGGCGGCAGUGGACGGCAACGAUUGUCGUAUUAUGCAGGGGGUGGUCGAGAAGUCGCACGCGAUUGGUCACAAGUUCGGCAUCAACCUCUACAAGACGGUGGUCAACACGUGCCUUGGGCUCCUGGAGAUAGACACAGCAGUUGCAAUCUUGGAAGAUAUGCAGCGAGCGGGCGUCCAACCAGGCGAUGACAUGUGGCAGCAUGUGGACGAGGCCCGCCGGGUGGCGGCUGAGCGGGUCGUCGAGGAGCAACGGCGGCGAGAGGCUGCUGAGGUGGCAGCUGCAGAAGCGGCAGCUGCUGAUGUGGCGGCUGGUGCUGUGACUGGUGAAGUCCCACCAUUCAUGCAAGGCGAGGAGAGUGGAGUUGAUGGGAAAGAAGCAGGUUUGGAUAAAAGUGAAGGAGCCUCCGGAGGAGGGUUAUCAAGUGGAAUGGACAAAUAA